CUCUCGACUGAAAGAGAGUAUACCGACGUCUCUCACGGUAAACACUAUAGAACUCUCUCGGUAUAGUAUCGUGGUGUAAUACGUACACAAGUAAAGACGGAAACGGUAGAGCAACGGUUCGAGUUCCUUCGUAAGAAUCGUAGAUAGAAGACUCUUUCGUCUUCGUCGUCAUCAUCGUCGUCAUCGUCGUCAUCGUCGUCAUCGUUGUAUUCCUCGUGGCUGGCUCACCUAUCUACCUACCUACCUAUCUAUCUACCUACCUACCUACUUACUUAACAGCCUACCCAACAUCCUACGGGUUCAAUCUCCCCGCCCAAUCGACAAUACGGCAUAGUGAUCUCUUCUAAACGUCAUAGAGACCUCCUCGAACGUCUAUACAUACCUACAUACAUACAUACAUAUAUAUAUAUAUAUGCAUAUAAUAUACAUACAUACUACAUAGAUACAGUUUAAUGAGAGAAACUCUUUUUGCUCCCACAAGUAGUUUGAAAAGUUUUUGGCUCGACUUUACUCAGCGAUAAUCGUACAAUACGUUCGAAUGCAGAGCACCCGGUAAAAUAAAAUAAGAAAAGUGAGAGAAAGAGAAAGAGAGAGAGAGACAGAAAGACAGACAGACGCAGAGAAAGAUAGAGAGAGAAAGAGAAAGAGAGAUAAAAGAAGAGAGAAAAGGACUUGGUGUGGCCGUGCGUCGUCGGAUCUCGUCUCUCUCGCGUGUUUAAACCUCUCCUGCCGUCUCGUCGUCGACUUACCUGCCCUCUCCACCAACGGCUGCCGCCGGGGGAUAUCGCACACGCCUCGAGAGAGGACCUGGACAACGACUACGGGCAAAGCAGCGCCGGACGGUGGUGAGCAACGUGCUCUCUCUCUCGACGACUCUCUCUCCUUCCUCUCGCGGUCUUCCUCUCGCGAUUCCUCUCGCGGACUGAACAGUCAGGACUCGACUGUCCUGUCGUCGACAACGACGACACACAACGACGAUCGUCGCACGUGUCCAAGCCCAAACAAAAUUCCCUGACCUACCCCUCUUCCAUUCAAAUCGAGACAAUAUCGUUUCGAACUUUACUACUCCUAACAACAACAACAACAACAUCAACAACAUCAACAUCAACAUCAACAACAAAGACGACAACUAGUACUACUACUACUAUUACUACUACUACUACUAUUCCUACUACUACUACUACUAGUACUACUACUAUUACUGCUACAUCAGCAUACAAUAUUGGAUUUUUAUCGAUCAUUUGAUUUCGAAGAGGAACGACAAGAGGAUUCUAGUCAAGAGAGAAAACGUACGAGCUAUAUUCUCAUACGACAUAUCGAUAUACAUAUAUAUAUACAUAUACAUAUAUAUAUACGUAUAUAUAUAUGUGUGUGUAUAUGUAUAUAUAUAUGUAUAUAUAUAUAUAUUAUUUUAAAUCAGUGAAAAACCCAUUAAAAUUUCGAAAGGUAUAUCGCGAGUGAUCGCAACCAGGAAAGAAUCUUUAAGUUGACACUAAAAACCACGUGGCCGCCGGUAUUCUUCUUCACCACGAGUGUUCUUGCACGUUUACAUUUACGGAAUUCAACGAACGCCACGGGAUGUUUUAUCGAACGUUCUGCAUAUAAGAGAAAUUCUUUGAAAAUAUUUAUAUAAAAUAAAAGAAGAAAAAGAAGAAGAACAAACGGAAAAAGAAGAGGAAGAAGAAGAAAAAGAAGAAAAAUUACGAGGAGGAAAAGAGUGAACGAGUGUGCGGAUAGUGUGCUGUUGUUUGCCAUAUAAGAGUGAUCUAUCCAUUUAUCUAUCUCUCUCUUUCUCUCUCUCUCUCUCUCUCUCUCUCUCUCUCUGUCUGUCUCUAUCUCUGUCUUUAUCUCUUUCUAUCUCUGUCUACUCAUUUUCUAUAUCCUCUCUUUCCUUUCUAUUUCUUCUAUUUAUCUAUAUACAAUCUAUAUCUCUCUAUCUCUCUAUCUCCGUCUAUAUAUCUUUUUCUCUAUUUAUCCAUCUAUCCAUCUCUUUCUCUCUUAUGACUCUUUCCGCGAGCUGACGACGUGAUAUAAACUCGUGGAAUCCCACGUGGAUUCCCUCCGUUUCUGGGUUCUCUCUCGUGCGUGUCCGAUUAAAGAAGCGAAGAGAAAAGAAAAAGAAGGAGGAAGAAGGAAGAAGAAGAAGUAGAGGUAGAAGAAGAAAUACGACGGAGAAUUUCCUAAGGAGAUGCGAAGGACUACCCUCGGCUUCAAGGUCGUGGAAUGACGGAUAAGGUCACCCCGAGCAGAGAGACGGAGCAAGGCCGAGGGUGACAGAAACAGUGUGAUGAGUGGAUACCUCGGUAGCAUCACCCUACCCCCGACGUUGUUGCACGACCCGAAGUAUCCUCCAGCCAUGCGGGAGAAGGACUCGAGUCCUCGAAAGAUGCCGGGCCAUAUAAGCCCGAAGCAGGCGAGUAUUUAUCCAUUGAGCGUGCGAGUACCAGACGUCGAGGAAUUACCGUACGAUCUCAGUCAUGGACAUGGUCGUGGGCUAUCAAGUCCGACCUUGAACCAGCAACAACAUCAUCACCAUCAGCAACAACAACAGCCUCACAUGAGUCCUGCUGCGAGACCACCGCAGCCUCAUCAACAGGAUGAACUCGAUUGUGAGCCGCUCGAUCUACGUGUCGAUCAUAAAAAAGAAAGACUCAGGGACGAGAAUCAGAAUGAGAUAGAGGUGCUCAAUCAGAACAGUCUAGGUGGUAGUCUACCUUAUCACACGGUCCUAUUUCCUCAACAUCAUGCUGUCCAUCCUUUGGUACUCGAAGCUAUGUACAGAUCGCACCAUCACAAUUCAACCGUGACGGAUCUACCGAAGAUUCAAGUUAGAGCACUACCUACGAUGGUACCAUUACCACCUAAUAGAUUUUCCUCGACGACUUCUUCCACUUCCUCCUCUUCUUCCUCGCAACCCAACAACGCCAGAGUACCAAGUCCGAUCGGUACUAAUACUACUACUAGUACUACUAAUCAACAACAGCAUCAAUCUGCUCAACAGUUAAAUAACAAUCAAUCUCAAGCGCAACAGCAGCAGCAGCAACAGCAACAACAACAACAGCAGCAGCAACAACAGCAACAACAAUCGCAAUCACAACAACAACAACAGCAACAAGCUACCAGCCUACCACCCUAUUCCAUUACCGUUCAAGCCGGUCUUAAACCCAAGGACAGAUACUCGUGUAAAUUUUGUGGAAAGGUUUUCCCACGAUCGGCAAAUCUCACAAGACACCUUCGAACUCAUACAGGCGAACAACCAUACAAAUGUAAAUACUGCGAGAGGAGCUUCAGCAUCUCGAGUAAUCUUCAACGUCACGUUAGAAAUAUUCAUAACAAGGAAAAACCGUUCAAGUGUCCUUUAUGCGAGAGAUGCUUUGGCCAACAGACAAAUUUGGAUAGACAUUUGAAGAAACACGACGCAGAUGGCCCGACGAUAUUAGACGAAGUUAGAUCGAGGUAUCACGGACAAUUACCUAGAGCCGACGAUUCCUAUUUCGAAGAGAUACGCAGUUUUAUGGGGAAAAUAACAUCCCAAAGGCAAGGGAUACCUUAUUUCCCGGGUCUAUUGAGUCAUACUCAAGACGAUUACCGAAGUGACAAACAACAGUUGCAAUUGGAAGAGAAGAGAGGUGACUCGUCUUAUUUCAGUGAUCGAGACAACCUUAGUUCGAGGUCGAGUAGCACAACUAGUAGACCUGAGAGUGUACAAGAAGAACAAAGAGACGUCAAUUCUCCCCCAUUGUCACCUGGAAAUAAUACCUGAAUAAUUUACAUCGUUCGUGACUCUUAUCAUUUUUAGGAAACAAACUUACAAAGGGAUCAUCGAAAACAACAAACGACAAAUAUUCAAUAUAUUAUACAUACAUACAUACAUAUAUAUAUGUGUGUGUGUGUGUGUGUGUGUAAUCUAUAAGAGAUCAUAAGAAUCAAAGCGAAGAAUAUAUUUUUAAUUAAUAUCGAACUAUAUUCUAAUGAGAGAAAGACAGUCGAAACGAAGAACGAUAUAUGUGAAUAUCCAAUCACGUUGUGCCUUACUAUUAGAGAAUAUAGGGGAAAAGCUUAAUGUAAAUUAGUAUCUCGAUUAGUUUGUAGAACUCGCGCGGAGAGAAUCGAGCGGAAGUCGAUAACGCGAAAUCGAUUAGGUAAAAAAGAGACAGAGAGAGAGAGAGAAAUACACAGAGAAAGAGAGAGAGAGAGAGGGGGGGAAGGGAGUAGAGAGAAAGAGAAAAAGGGAAAUACAGAUUAGGAAGGAGAAAAUUCUUCGAGUUAGCUUUCGAAAUCAACGAGUAGUAGAGUUUCCUCUUUCAUCGCGGAUGCUGUCGCAACACAAGAUAUUAUGAACGGCGCGAUAAAACCUGCUCGCUUCUCCACGAUCGAGCGAGUUUUAAGGAGUACGACUCGGUGCAAGGUACUUAGUUACUUAUUUACAAAUGACUCUGAAAUCUCAUUGAGCUAUUAUAUAUUUCGUUUUUAUAUUAUAUUACAUAGAAAGCUAUAAUAAUAGACCUCGUAUAAAUCUUUAUUAUUCCGGUACGAAAUAUAUAUAUAUAUAUAUAUAUAUUUCGAUAAUUUUUCGAUAUCAAUAUCUUUAUAUCAAGAUUGAUAUCAAUACUCAUAUACUUAUAUACUCAUAUACCGCUCGACCGGCAUAUAUAAAUUCUCGUUUUAUGAAAGAAAGAGAGAGAGAGAGAGAGAGAGAGAGAGAUAGAGAUAGAUAGAGAAUAACGAUAGAAGAAGGAACGAUUAGUUCCUGCGGAAUAACGACGAGCGGGACGACUUUUCGAUUUUACGAUCUAGAAAGUGAAUUUAGAACGCUCCGACGUAAUUUGCGAUAGCAGUUGUCUGCGAAAAGGAAAGAAGAAGAAAGAAAGAUAAAGAAAUAAGUGAAUAUAAAAAAAAACAAAAUAAAAGAAAUGAAAAAGAAAAGAAAUAGACGGAUAGAUAAAUAGAGAGAUAGAUAGAGAAAAGAAAAAGGAAGAAUAUAAUAUUGUUUAGAAAUCAAGUUAGGCUGGUUGGCUGGCUCGCUGGUUACUCUCUCGUAUAGUAAUUAUAACGUUUAUUAAUUAUGGAGUGGAAGAAGUGUGACAAGGUGGAAAAACAUUUCCUGUUAACAUGAUCACGAUAAUGACGACGAUAAUGAUGAUGAUGAUAAUAAUGAUGAUGAUGAUGAUGAUGAUGAUGAUGAUGAUGAUGAUGAUGAGGAUCGAAGGGAUAGAUCAACAAGUGGAAAAGUAGUUUCACCGAAACGUAACGUAACGUAGUACGUUUUACAUAUUUCAAAAAAGAAAAAAAGACAAUAAAAAAUUCUAAUCGAAGUUGUCAUCGACAACUUGUUCGAUGACGUUUUUCCUCGGAUGAUUCAUAUCGGCAUAAAUCAUCUAACUAACCAUUUUUUCUCUCCCUUUCGUCUUGAUCUCUCCCUCUUCCUCUUGUUGUUCUUCUUAAAUUAAUCACGAAUCCAUCCUUUAACUUUCUAGAGUUUCUAUUGAGUAGUACUAGACACGGGUGUCGAUGGAUAACGUUUGUUAGAAGCCGUUAGACCUUUUGCCAGAUCUCUUUUAACUUCGAUUAACCUCUAACGAUCUAACGAUGACUCGCGAUUGUUAAAUUAUAUAUAUAUAUA